CCCCGAUUGGUCUGUAUCGCUGUCCGUCUGGCGGUGGAAGCGCUCGCUAUUGGCUGAGGGUGGAGGAGCGGGUUAGGCCGGAGCUGUCAGUGAUUCUCCCGGUACCGGUGUUCGGGUGAUGGCGAUGAGGCGGUGAGGAGAUUCCCGCUCAUGGGAUAUGGCCACCAUGGAGAAACUAAUGAGAGCCUUCGAGUCCCUGAAAUCCUUCCAGCAACAGCAGCUUGGACCGACCGUGCCUGAGGAGCUGCUACCCCGAGCGAAGAAAGAUCCUUCGACAAACAAGAAAGAUCGUGUGAAUCACUGUCUGACAAUAUGCGAGAACAUCGUCGCUCAGUCUUUGAGGAAUUCUCCCGAGUUCCAGAAGUUGCUGGGGAUUGCCAUGGAGCUCUUCCUGUUGUGCAGUGAUGAUUCAGAGUCUGACGUCCGGAUGGUGGCUGAUGAGUGUCUCAAUAAAGUGGUGAAAGCUUUGAUGGAUUCAAACCUUCCAAGGCUACAACUUGAACUGUACAAAGAAAUAAAAAAGAAUGGUGCCCCGCGGAGCCUCAGAGCUGCCCUCUGGAGGUUUGCUGAACUGGCACACCUUGUUCGACCUCAGAAGUGCAGGCCAUACUUGGUGAACUUGCUUCCUUGUCUCACAAAAAUAUGUAAGCGCCAGGAAGAGUCGGUACAAGAAACGCUUGCUGCUGCUAUUCCAAAAAUCAUGUCUGCUUUUGGAAACUUUGCAAAUGACCACGAAAUCAAGGUUCUGCUAAAAGCUUUUGUAGCCAAUCUAAAAUCAAGUUCGCCUGCAAUCCGACGCACAGCAGCUGGUUCUGCCGUCCAAAUCUGCCAGCAUUCCCGGAGAACGCAGUAUUUCUACACGUGGCUUCUCAAUGUCCUUCUGGGUCUUCUUAUUCCUAUUGAGGAUGAACAGCCAACUCUCUUAAUCUUGGGAGUCUUAUUAACACUACGCUACCUGAUCCCAUUACUACAGCAACAAGUGAAAGACACCAGUCUAAAAGGCAGCUUCGGAGUUACUCGAAAAGAAGCGGAAAUAUCUCCAUCUCAAGAGCAGCUAACACAGGUUUAUGAACUGACGUUACAUUUUACUCAGCACAGAGAUCACAAUGUGGUGACAGGUGCUCUGGAGCUGCUGCAGCAGAUUUUUAGGACUCCUCCCAUUGAGCUGCUCCACGUCCUGACAUCUUCUGGAGCCAUUCAGCAUAUCAGCAUUUGUCGAGACGAGUCUCAGAGAUGCAGCCGCAGUGGUAGCAUUGUGGAGCUCAUAGCUGGUGGGAGCUCUACCUGCAGUCCUGCUCUUUCCAGGAAACACAAAGGUAAGCUACACUUGGGGGAAGAGGAAGGAUUGGAAGACGAGUCAGAAGGCAAGUCGGAUGUUGCCACGGCUCCUUUUACAGCUGGGUCUAAGAAAGAGGGGUCAUCGGAUGCAACCACGUCCUCAGGCGUCCCAACUCCAGCAUCUGCCACCUCUCUGGACGCUUCAACUCAUGACAUCAUCACAGAGCAGCCGCGGUCCCAACAUACCCUGCAGUCUGACUCUGUAGAUCUCAGCAGCUCAGAUGUCCCCAGUACUGUUACAGAGGGGGAUGAAGAGGACAUUUUAAGCCGCAGUUCCAGUCAGAUCAGCACUGUCCAGUCUGACACCAACAUGGACAUGAACGAGGGAACCACCCAGGCUUCCUCACCAGUGAGCGACAGCUCGCAGACAACCACAGAAGGUCCAGAUUCUGCUGUCACCCCUUCGGACAGCUCGGAAAUUGUGAUCGAUGGUGCUGAGAACCUGUAUUCCGGAAUGCAGAUUGGGCAGCUCCAGGAUGAGGAAGAUGAAGGAGCGAUCAUCCACCAAGAAGAGUUGGCUGAUCGUUUUGGGAACACGGCUCUUGGGCUAAAUCAGAGUCAUUUGCUAAAAUCCAUGGGUCACAGCCGCCAGUCAUCAGAUAGCAGCGUGGAUCGCUUUGUAACAAAGGAGGACGUGGUGGAGCCUGGCGACCUGGAGAACAAGCCAUCUCGGAUAAGAGGAGACAUUGGACACUACACAGACGGAGAUGCUGCUCCCCUUGUUCACUGCGUUCGUCUGUUAUCUGCUUCCUUCCUGCUCACCGGACAGAAGGAUGCUCUUGUACCAGACAAAGAUGUGCGGGUGAGCGUGAAAGCACUGGCAUUGAGCUGUGUUGGGGCAGCUGUGGCCUUGUAUCCUGAAUCCUUCUUCAACAAGCUGUACAAACUGCAGACAGACACAGUGGAUCCAAUAGAUGUGCAAUAUGUUUCAGACAUCCUAAAUUACAUCAACCAUGGGGACCCACAGGUCAGGGGGGCCACAUCUAUUCUCUGUGGCACGAUCGUCUACUCCAUCCUCCACAGGUCCCGAUACGAUGCUGAGCACUGGUUGGCCAUUGUUAAAAGUUCUUCAGGGAAUAGUUUUUCACUGGAAAAUUGCAUUCCUUUGUUGCAAAAAUGUCUGAAAGAUGAAUCUUCUGUGACCUGCAAGCUGGCAUGUGUGUCAGUCAGGCAUUGCAUAUCCAGUUUAUUGUGUAGCACGUACAGUGAACACGGGUUACAGCUGAUGAUCGAUUUGCUCACUUUGAAGAACAGCUCUUACUGGCUUGUCAGGACAGAACUGCUGGAGACUCUGGCAGAGAUCGAUUUUAGGUUAGUCGGUUUCCUGGAAGGUAAAGCAGAUGGUCUACAUAGAGGUGCACAUCAUUAUACUGGGCUGUUACAUCUUCAGGAUCGAGUGCUGAACGGUGUUCUUAUUAGCCUUUUGGGAGACGAAGAUGCUCGGGUGAGGCAUGUAGCCACAGCAACUUUAGUCAAGAUAGUUCCAAAAUUGUUUUUCCAUUGUGAUCAAGGACAAGCUGACCCUAUAGUGGCAGCGGCAAGAGACCAAAGCAGCGUCUAUCUGAAACUGCUCAUGCAUGAGACCCAGCCAGCAUCCCAUUUUGCUGUCAGUACAAUCACAAGGAUCUACAGGGGGUACAGUAUUGUGCAGAGCCCCACAGAUGUUACUAUGGAGAAUAAUCUGUCCAAGGUUAUCACUGCAGUUUCUCACGCACUGACAACAUCAACCACUCGAGCAAUGACGUUUGGCUGCUGUGAAGCUUUGUGCCUGUUAUCCAUUGCUUAUCCAGUGUGCACAUGGAGUGUUGGGUGGCAUUGUGGAUAUGUGACAUCAUCUAGUGCACAGGCUUCCCGGAUCCAAGUCUAUAAGAAUCGGGGACGAUCGUUUAGUAUUUCCCAGCAGAGCCCCUCCGAUGAACCACGCAAAAGCUGCACUGCCGGUAUGACCAACAUGAUCCUGUCACUGCUGUCCUCAGCCUGGUUUCCCCUCGAUCUUUCUGCUCACCAGGAUGCCUUGAUACUGGCUGGAAAUUUGUUGGCAGCUACUGCACCUAAAUCUUUAAAGAACCCCUGGACAGCAGAAGAUGAAGCCAACCAGACGGCUAACAAGCAAGAGGAGCCGUGGCCAGCGCUUGGUGACCGAUCGAUGGUUGGUCUGGUGGAUCAGCUGUUCAUUCAUUUACUGAAAGCCAUCAACAUAUGUUCUCAUGUGAUUGAUGAUGUUCCUCCAGGUCCUGUAGUGAAGACCACUCUUCCAUCUCUAACUAACCCUCCUUCUUUGAGUCCUAUCCGGAGGAAAGGGAAGGAGCGAGAGAGUGUUGAGCAGACGACAGUGCCGCUGAGCCCAAAAAAAGUCAGUGAUACCACUCCAGCUUCGCGACCGGCAGAUGCUUCUGGCCCAGCUCAAACAAGCAAAUCUGUUGGCAGUUUCUACCAUCUUCCAUCAUAUUUAAAGUUGUAUGAUGUUCUGAAAGCCACAUAUGCCAACUAUAAGGUAACACUGGAUCUUCAGAACAACAAUGAAAAGUUUGGGAGUUUUCUUCGCUCUGCUCUGGAUGUUCUCUCUCAGGUUUUGGAACUAGCUACACUGACCGACAUCGGCAAGUGUGUGGAAGAAAUUCUGGGUUAUCUGAAGUCCUGUUUCAGCAGGGAGCCAGUGAUAGUCACAAUCUGUGUGCAACAGCUAUUAAAGACCCUUUUUGGAACCAAUUUAGCAUCCCAGUUUGAGGCGCUAUACUCAAACCCUAGCAAAACCCAGGGAAAAGCACAGCGCCUUGGCUCCUCUAACCUGCGACCUGGCUUAUACCAUUACUGCUUCAUGGCUCCAUAUACACACUUUACCCAGGCUCUAGCAGAUGCCAGUCUACGUAACAUGGUCCAAGCUGAUCAAGAGCAAGACGCAUCAGGGUGGUUUGAUGUGCUCCAGAAGGUUUCGUCUCAACUGAAGAACAGCAUUACCAAUGUUACGAAGCACCGAGCAGACAAGAAUACUAUUCAUAACCAUAUUCGCCUGUUUGAGCCCCUGGUGAUUAAAGCGUUGAAGCAGUACACCACCACCACAUCUGUGCAGCUGCAGAGACAGGUUCUCGAUCUUCUAGCUCAACUUGUCCAACUUCGAGUCAACUACUGUCUGCUAGAUUCUGAUCAGGUGUUCAUUGGUUUUGUGCUGAAGCAGUUUGAGUACAUUGAAGUAGGUCAGUUCAGGGAAUCGGAAGCCAUCAUUCCCAAUGUGUUCUUCUUCCUGGUAUUGCUGUCCUAUGAAAGGUACCACUCUAAGCAGAUCAUCGGCAUUCCUAAAAUCAUUCAGCUGUGUGACGGCAUCAUGGCCAGUGGGAGAAAAGCUGUGACCCAUGCUAUUCCAGCCCUGCAGCCCAUAGUCCAUGACCUAUUUGUUUUACGAGGAGCCAAUAAAGCUGAUGCAGGGAAAGAGCUGGAGACUCAGAAGGAAGUGGUGGUGUCCAUGUUGCUCCGACUUAUCCAGUACCAUCAGGUCCUAGAGAUGUUUAUCUUGGUAUUGCAGCAGUGUCACAAAGAGAAUGAAGACAAGUGGAAGAGGCUCUCUCGGCAGAUAGCGGACAUUAUUCUGCCUAUGUUGUCAAAGCAGCAGAUGCACAUAGACUCCCAUGAAGCUCUGGGUGUGUUGAACACUCUUUUUGAAACUCUUGCUCCCUCUUCCCUACGUCCUGUGGAUAUGCUGCUGAGAAGUAUGUUUGUCAUCCCAUACACUAUGGCCUCUGUGAGUACUGUCCAGCUUUGGAUAUCUGGAAUACUGGCCAUCCUCAGAGUUCUCAUCUCACAGUCUACAGAGGAUAUUGUUCUUUCCCGGAUCCAGGAGCUUUCCAUCUCCCCGCUUCUCAUCUCAUGUCCGAAUAUUGCCAAAUUGCGGGAAGGAGAAAUUUACCAACAAAGUACUGAGAACUCUGAUGAGCAGAGCCAGGAAAUGGUCCCACCUGAGGAGACGUUCUCUCGGUUUCUGUUACAGCUUGUAGGAAUUCUUCUUGAGGACAUAGUACACAAGGAGCUAAAGGUGGACCUGACUGAACAGCAGCAUACGUUUUACUGCCAGCAGCUAGGAACCCUUCUCAUGUGCCUUGUCCACAUCUUCAAAUCAGGAACGUUCCGAAGAAUAACUAAUGCAGCUUCACGACUUUUCAAGGGGGAUGGCGACAGUGGCAACUACUACACUUUGGAGAGCCUUAGUGAGCAUGUGGAAUCCAUGUUCCCAACCCACCCUUCCCUGGUGCUGCUGUGGUGCCAGUUCCUGCUGCUCAUAGACUACACGAACUAUAACUGGUGGUCCGAAGUACAUCAGACGCUCAAGAGGAACAGUCUGUCUAGCACCAAACUGCUGCUAAGUCCCCAGAUGUCAACUGACAGCGAUGAGCCUGAGCCGGAGUCCAAACUUGGCAUGUGUAACCGGGAGAUAGUGCGGAGAGGGGCCCUCAUCCUGUUCUGUGACUAUGUGUGUCAGAACUUGCAUGAUUCAGAGCAUCUUACCUGGCUGAUAGUCAAUCACGUUCAGGAUCUCAUCAACCUAUCGCAUGAACCUCCAGUGCAGGAUUUCAUUAGUGCAAUACACAGAAACUCAGCUGCCAGUGGUCUCUUCAUCCAAGCCAUAAAUUCUCGCUGUGAGAACCUAGCAACGCCAACUUCUCUGAAGAAGACAUUGCAGUGCUUGGAAGGGAUUCACCUGAGUCAGUCUGGCGCAGUGUUGAUGUUGUAUAUAGACAAGCUGCUGUGUACCCCAUUUCGUGUGCUGGCUCGCAUGGUGGAUACACUAGCCUGUCGCCGGGUAGAAAUGCUGUUGGCGGCGCCAUCUCAGAAUAGUAUUUCUCAGGUACCUUUAGAAGAGUUGGACAGAAUACAGGAAUAUCUGCAGAGCAGUAGUUUAGCACAAAGGCACCAAAGACUUUAUUCUCUGCUGGACAGAUUUCGGGCCACUGUAGCUUCAGACACGGUUAGCCCCUUACCUUUGGUGACCUCUCACCCGCUGGAUGGGGAUGGUCACCCACGACUGGAAACGCUGGACCCAGAUGAGGACUGGUAUGUGUCCCUGGUACGUUCCCAGUGUUACACACACUCUGAUUCUGCACUGCUGGAAGGAGCAGAACUGGUGAACAAAAUACCUCAGGCUGAUCGUCUCACCUUCAUAACCAACAAGAAGUUCAACAUGAGCAUGCUAGGCCCCUGUUUGGCUUUAGGAGUGAAUCAGAUGAUCGGGGAUCAGGACAGCAGUUUCUUUGAAACAACCCAGUCUGUCCUGCUGGAUCUCAUCUCACAGACCGUUAAGCAGCUGCCGGACACUCAUCAGAUCUUUCAGCCUCUGAAGCCAAUGGAGAAAGACUCCUACGGGGAGAAACUAAUCAUAGUGUUGGGUGACUCUGAAGUAUAUUACUCCCUUGUCACCCUUUGUCGAGCGCUGGCGCAAUACCUGCGGUCACUCCCCAAAAUACCUCAGUCUUUUCACAUACAGCAGGAAAAUGAAGUGGACAUACUGAAGUUUGUGGUCAUGUCAGUAGAGGCAGUGUCCUUGCAUUUUGUGCAAGAACCAAUACCACUGAGUGUGGAUCUCCAAGCUGUGCUGGAGUGUUGCUGUCUGACUUUACAACAGAUCGGACUGUGGAAUUUGCUGGCCUCUGCAGAGUAUGUGACCCACUCCUGCUCCCUUAUCACCUGCAUUCGCUUUAUUAUAGAGGCUGUUGCAGUUGAACCUGGAGAGCAACUUCUGAGCCCAGAGAGGAAGAAAGACAGUUCGUCUGAAGACCAAGCAGGAGAUGAGGCAGAUUCACGAGUAAAAGGAGCUGUAUUUAUUAAGACUGCCUGCACCAUGAUGUCUGAGAUGGUGGAUUCCCUGCAGACAGUUUUGUUGUACGGACACAAGAGAAACUGCAAUAUUGCAGCAUUUCUCACUCCAGUGUUACGGAACAUAUUUGUCAGCCUGGCUAGAUUGCCUGCAGUCAACAGCUACACCAGAGUCCCUCCACUGGUGUGGAAAUUGGGUUGGUCUCCCAAAAUGGGAGGGGAAUAUGGAACUUCACUUCCUGAAAUCCCUGUUGAGUUUCUGCAGGAGAAAGAAGUAUUCAAAGAAUUUAUCUACCGCAUUAAUACAUUGGGAUGGACAAGUCGCACCCAGUUUGAGGAGACUUGGGCCACACUACUUGGAGUUCUGGUCACCCAGCCUAUUGUAAUGGACCAAGAGGAAAGCCAGCAUGAGGAAGACACAGAGCGAACACAAAUAAAUGUCCUCGCUGUACAAGCCAUCACUUCUCUGGUCCUCAGUGCUAUGACUAUUCCCUCUGCUGGAAACCCAGCUAUCAGCUGCCUAGAACAGCAGCCACGGAACAAGACCCUUAAAGCCCUGGAUACCAGGUUUGGCAGGAAGCUGAGUGUUGUUCGAGGAAUAGUAGAGGAAGAAAUCCAAGCUUUGAUAUCCAGAAGGGACAACAUUGCCACACAUCAUGCUUAUCAAGCCUGGGAUCCCGUGCCUUGUUUAUCUGCUGCAACCACAGGAGCACUGAUCAGUCAUGAGAAGCUGCUACUGCAGAUCAACACAGAGCGAGAAAUUGGAAACAUGAGCUAUAAGUUGGGUCAGGUCUCCAUCCACUCAGUUUGGCUUGGGAACAGUAUUACACCACUGAGACCAGAAGAGUUGGAUGAGGAUGAAGAGGAUGAGAAUGAUACUCCAGCACCAUCAUCACCCCCUAUGUCUCCAAUUAACUCCAGGAAACAUCGGGCCGGAGUGGACAUACAUUCCUGUUCACAGUUUCUCCUUGAGCUGUACAGUCAGUGGAUUCUCCCUGCUAACACUGGGAAGAAGACUCCAGUCAUCUUGAUCAGUGAGGUUGUAAGAUCGCUGCUGGCGGUAUCUGAUUUAUUCACGGAGAGGAACCAGUUUGAGAUGAUGUACACGGCUUUAACUGAGCUCCAUAAACAGCACCCAUCCGAGGAUGAAAUUCUCAUUCAGUAUCUGGUGCCUGCAAUCUGCAAGGCGGCUGCCGUGCUGGGAAUGGAUAAAUCUAUUGCAGAGCCUGUCAGCCGGCUCCUGGAGAGCACACUGCGAAGUACUCACAUGCCCAGCCGCAUUGGAGCUCUGCACGGCAUCCUCUAUGUGCUGGAGUGUGACCUCCUGGAUGACACGGCCAAGCAGCUCAUACCCAUCAUCAGUGAUUACCUGCUGUCCAAUCUGAGGGGCAUUGCACACUGUGUAAAUCUGCACAACCAGCAGCACAUUCUGGUAAUGUGUGCGGCUGCCUUUUACUUAAUUGAAAACUACCCAUUGGAUGUUGGGCCAGACUUUACUGCAGGCAUUAUACAGAUGUGUGGAGUGAUGGUAUCGGGGAGCGAGGAAUCCACACCCUCCAUGAUCUAUCAUUGUGUGCUCAGAGGUUUGGAGCGCCUCCUGCUGUCUGAGCAGCUUUCCAGGCUGGAUGGAGAGGCACUGGUGAAGCUUAGUGUGGACAGAGUGAAUAUGCACAGCCCACACAGGGCCAUGACUGCCUUAGGAUUGAUGCUGACAUGCAUGUACACAGGUAAAGAGAAGAUCAGCCCAGGUCGUACCACAGAUCCAAGUCCUGCUGCCCCAGACAGUGAGUCGGUCAUUGUUGCCAUGGAGCGUGUAUCUGUGCUUUUUGACAGAAUCCGGAAGGGAUUCCCCUUUGAGGCAAGGGUGGUGGCCAGGAUUCUUCCACAGUUCUUGGAUGACUUUUUCCCUCCUCAAGAUGUAAUGAACAAAGUCAUUGGGGAGUUUUUAUCCAAUCAGCAACCCUACCCACAAUUCAUGGCAGCUGUUGUCUAUAAGGUUUUCCAAACUCUUCAUGCCACUGGCCAGUCCUCCAUGGUACGAGACUGGGUGAUGCUCUCUCUCUCCAACUUCACACAGAGAACUCCGGUGGCCAUGGCAAUGUGGAGCCUCUCCUGCUUUUUUGUCAGUGCGUCUACUAGCAAGUGGAUUUCUGCAAUUCUUCCACAUGUGAUCAGCCGAAUGGGCAAGUCUGAACCGGUGGACGUAAAUUUGUUCUGUUUAGUGGCCAUAGACUUUUACAGGCACCAGAUCGAUGAAGAGCUGGACCGCCGGGCCUUCCAGUCAGUGUUUGAGUUGGUGGCUGCACCGGGAAGCCCGUACCACAGCCUGCUGAUGUGUUUGCAGAAUGUGAAUAAGACAACGGUGUUCUAAGCACUUUGCGGGUGAGGCUGGUAUUGGAGCAGAAUUACAGGACAGUACAAGAAGGGAAUGAUCCUGGUCUCUUCUUCACCAACAUCUCUACCCAGGCCCUACAACCUCACCCACCCCUCCUCGGAGUCACUGUGACUCUUACUCUGCUCUGAAUGUCUCUUUGUAAAUAUUUGAUUGCAGUUGUUUUUUUUUUUGCUUUACUACAGUGAAUGUAAAUGUCCUGUUCUUUUUCACGUUGUCCAGUGGGAGUCUGUAACAGCACAAAGCCGCAUCACUAAACUCAAAGCACUCGUCUUACUAAACCAUGUCUACUGUAUGUGGAACCCAUUUGUGGAGAUGAGGACGGCAUCUGCCAUAGCACUGAAUCGUUCCCCUCUUGUGCUGCAGGUGGUUGACGGUCACCGCUAUGAGUAUUGUGAAAAGAUGGCGUAGCUGGAAAGAAAAAAGAUACUCCCAUAGGGGCGUCUGUGUACUGAGCACGGCAGAAUCUUCCCUGCCUUUUUCACUUAAUUUGGGUAUUGACAUAAAUGAUUUUAACUCCUAUUUCUAUAUUAUGUAAAAUAUGUAUAAUUGUAAAACCCUACAGUUCGUGAUACUAUCAUUUCACAUUACAAAAACCACUCUAAGAACUCAUCUUGCUUGUACUGA